CUUUCACAACUGAUUUAUGCAUGAUUGAAGUGCUUCUAUCGUGUGGACCCGGAGCAUGACACGCAGGCGCGUCUCACUUUGCGUGGCGCUUGCGAGAGGUUGACACCGCAGCAGUGGUACAACCAAAAGUUCACCAGCGCUAGUGCCUUCUGGGCUAACAAGGGUAAGAGGGUCAAGAAGGAGUACUUUGUUGGUAACGAGCCUACGGAGGAAUGGGCAAUGACCAUUGAGGAGUACAUGUCGGUUUGUCCGGAGUGGGCCGAGCAGCAUAGGGAGGCAUGGGAGGAGCUGAUUAGGGCGAGGUGGCUCAGGCAGGACGAGGAGUUUGCAGCCGUGUCGAGGCGUAACAUGGAGAACCGAGGCACCGGUGGCACACACUGCGCGGGAAACCGCGACUACACCCGCUUCAAGGGGAAAAAGGUGGCCGAGGCACCACCUGGGGUGGUGCUUCAUGAUGCCCAGAUAUAUGACAUGAUGCGGACGAGCAGAAGCCCAAUCCCGCAUUGCCUCAGCCACAGUACUACGGCAAUGCCAAGGCCGCCAAGGAGGACUACUGCGACAUGGUCAAGUCUCGUCACCCCGAGGUGGAUGACCCCUUGAGCAUUCCGGUCGACGAGGAGUCGUUGGUCCUGUCGGGGCACGGGCGUCCGCAUGGCCGUUUCCCUUGGAUGAAUAAGGCGGUCAAGCCUACCCACUCCACGAGCUACACGCGCCUCAAGCAUACCCUCACCGCCGACAGCCCCCAGCCUCGUCCACGGCCUGCUCGUCCACCCGCCUACGAUCCUGACUUCGAGGCGGCCUUCGAAGCCUGCAAUGAAGCGUAUCAGCAGGCCGUUGCCCAGUGGAAUAGGCAGAAUACGGCCUAUAUGACGUAUUUAUCAGAAAUGAUGAUCUCUAUGUCUACUGGUACACCGCCACCGGAUCGAGUUACCGUGGCGGGGGACAUGCCUAUCAUGCCAUCGAGGGCAGCUUUCGCUGCGACUUACUACGGAUCCACACCGGAGGUAA